AUGAAGAAAUACUGCAGCAGCAACGUUCCUGUGGUGUAUGGGUACUUACUAGAGAGGCAGUAUGUUCUUCCCUCUCCAGUUGAGCCCUACAUCAGGCUGAGGUCAGUGGAGCCGUUCAGUACCAGACACCUGGCCAUGCUCGUGUGCAGCGCCUCGACUUCUACCCCAAACCCAUCAGUGACAUGGCUGAGGGACGGACAGGAAGUGACCUCAAAUGUGACUUCCACAGAGGAGCUGGUCAAUGGGGAUUGGACCUACCAGAUCCACUCGCACCUGGAGUACACACCCACACCUGGAGAGAGAAUCGCCUGUAUGGUGGAGCACUUCAGCCUCACUGAGCCCAAACUGUAUGACUGGGACCCCUCCAUGCCGGGUCCUGAGAAGAAUAAGAUGGUGAUUGGGGCCUGUGGGCUGCUGCUGGGGGUGGUCUUUAUAGCAGCUGGACUGAUCUACUACAUGAAGAAAUCUACUGAAGGACGAGUGUUGGUGCCGACCAUGGUGCUGCCAGAAAGUUAUGGCACCAUCUAGUGGUUCACACCAGUCUUCCUUCUGAAGGUUGUGAUCUGAACUCACUUAAUUAGUCUGGGUACCAGUCUUUUUAGCUAACAUUCCACUCCUUGUUGCAUUUUCCGUGACAUAUGCCAAGGAGGUCAAGUAGUGGAA